AUGACGUUUACAACAAAUUACUCGAAAAUACUUUUAACUAGAAACAUCCUUAAGAAGAUUCAACUACACUGGAAACCUAUACCAGCCAAUUGGUCAGAACAUCGACGAGAUUACGCAGAUAAACCUAAAACAGAUUCUAUAUCAAAGCAGAUCGUGAUUCAUGGUACAGAAGAUGAGCCACGAGUGCGGGUGAGGCGUGCACGACCGGCAGAUGUACCUCGCGUUCUUCGGUUUGUACGAGAAAAUUCUCGGCUUGCCUGGCCUGGGCUAGUUAGUAAAACACCAGGCGUAAAUAACAAUGUCGCCCUAUCCGAUUACGUUGCGAGAACUUUGGCUCAAGGUCACACAAUGCUAGCUGAACAGCAAGAGCCAAAGCGUGGCUGGUCACAAAUCCGAGGACUUGCGAUCAGCGCUUCAGUUUGUCCGUGGGACGCGACGAUGUUGGAGAAAUGGGCUCGGUGCAUGCGCUGCGCUCGGUCAAGGAAACUAAUGUUAUUCACAGCUCACUGCUUGAGAGCACCAGGCUUACAUGACAAAUAUAGGGUGCAUAAUAUAUUGCAAGUACUUCUGAUGGUACCGCCAAAUACACCAAAAGCAUCGGAAGUCAUUAACAUGCUUGCCAAGAACUGUAUACAGAGGGGUAAAGAAACUGGCUUCCUCGUGCUAAGAUUUGACGUGACCGAUGACCUCGUAGCAAAAGUAUUAGACGAACUGCGCUUGAAGAGAGAAUAUGAAUUAAAUUAUGAAGUACUACCAAACGCCAUUAAAAUAGUACCAAACGAGGAAGUAAAUAGCGAAGAGUCAAAGGAUAAUAAAGGAAGAUCCAUAACAGUUUACACAGCGUUCCCUCAAGCGGAGAAAUCAUGA